AUGGUCGCGCCGCCGACUCUUUCUUUCGGAGGCGGCCUCGGCUGGGCGGCAGAGGUCGUGCCGCUCCUCCGGCUCGCGCUCCCGGUCGUGCUUUCGAACGGCCUGCAGCAGUCGCUGCAGAUUGUCGAUGCUGCCUUUGUCGGCCACCUCGGCACGGACGAACUUGCAGGACGCAGCAUAAUUCCUCGAGAUAUCCGACCGCUCUUCUCAUCGCCCUCCUUCAUGCCCUCCUUGUCCCUCGCAGCUUGCUCGCUGGGAAAUUUUCUCUUCAACAUCAUCUGGGCAUUCCUCCUCGGCGUGGCGACAGCGCUCGACACGCUAGCGUCGCAGGCGGCCGGCGCCGGCGACACUGUCGCUCUCCGGCGCUGGGGCGUGGCGGCUGCGGCGGUGAUGCUCGUGCUCUGCCUCCCGACGUGCGCCGUGCUGCAGCAGAGCGCUUGGGUGCUCGAGCGCUGCUUUGGGCAGAGCGAGCGCCUCUCGCAGAUGGCGCAGCGGUACUGCCGCGGCCUACUGCCAGGGAUCCCGCCGCUCGCUCUGUUCACCGUCGCUCAGAGGCUGCAGCUGGCGCAGGGCCGCGCUCUGCCGUCGAUCCUCUCGCUGCUCGCGGCCAACCUGCUCAACUGCGGCACCAACCUCCUCUUCAUCUGGCGGCUCGGGCUCGGCUUUGACGGCUCUCCGCUCGGGACUUCCGUCGUCCGCGCCGUGGCGCUGCUGCUGCUGCUGCUCUCCGAGCUGCUGCUCUCCGACCGCCGCAUCGACCGCCGACGUCGCGGCGGCGGCGGCGGCUGGCUCUGCCCUUGGCCCAGCCCCUGCCCGCCUUGGCCCGGCCCCGGCCCGCCUUGGCGCGGCCCCUGCCCGUGCGGCUCCCUCUCGAGCGGCGUCGGCCCUGUGCUCGACCUGGCGCUCGCUGUCCUCGCGUCGCUGCUCGGCAAGGUCUCCCUCGACGCGUGCGCGAUCCUGCUCUCCCUCUCCUCGCUCGCCUUCACCGCGCUCCCCUUUGGAGUCGCCGUCGCGGCGAGCAUACGGGUGGGCAACCUGCUCGGCGCGCAGCAGCCGCGCCGCGCGCAGGCGACGGCGGGCGCCGCCCUCCGCCUCGGCGUCGCCGCGAUGCUCGCCGCCUCCGCCGCCCUGCUCCUCCUCCGCCCUCGCCUCGCCUCCCUCUUCACGGCAGAUACGGCGGUGGCGGCGCGCGUGGCCGCCGUCGCGCCGGUCGUCGCGCUGCUGCAGGUCGUCGACGGGUACCAGGCCGUCGCGGCCGGCGUGCUGCGCGGGCUGGGCCGCCAGCCGGCCGUCGCCGCCGUCAACGUGCUCUCGUUCUGGCUCGUUGGCGUGCCGCUCGGCGCCGGGGCGGCGUUCGGCGCGCAGGGAGGCAUCGGGGCGCUCUGGGCGGGGCUGACGGUCGGGUUGGCCGCCGGAUGCGCGUGCUACGCGUGGAUGUUGCGCCGAGUGGAGUGGCCCGACGAGGCACGCAAGGCGCUCCGUCGCAGCACGCGGCUCGGGACCAAGGGCGGCGCCGACGCUUGCGGACUCGCCGAGCCGCUCCACGACUGGAGCGGGACCAGUGCGGCCUCGAGCGGCAGUUCUUCAACGUGUUGA